UUUACCUGACGUUAGGACGCGUGACGUCAAUACGCUGCACGCAGGGGAAAAAAAGAACAGAGGAAUUCGCGAUUAUAUUCACAGUUUUAAGUUAAAUAUAGGGUUUGUUAAUGGACGUAAAUUGUUUUUAAGUUGCUAAAUAACCCAAUUAUAAAUUAGAUAUUUUUUGUAACACUUGUUUUUGGACGGUUUCGUCAUGUCUGCUUCAGCGGUCUUCAUACUGGAUCUCAAAGGCAAGGUACUGAUAUGUCGCAACUACAAAGGCGAUGUGGACAUGUCGGAGAUUGACCACUUCCUGCCACUGCUGUUGCAACAGGAAGAGGAAGGGCUAAUGUGCCCUGUUAUUUCACAUGGCAGUGUGCACUUCAUGUGGAUCAAACACAGCAAUCUUUAUUUGGUGGCUACUACCAACAAGAACUCCAAUGCAUCUCUGGUUUAUUCUUUUCUGUACAAGCUGGUGGAGGUGUUCACAGAGUACUUUAAAGAGCUGGAGGAAGAGAGCAUUCAGGAUAACUUUGUUGUGGUGUACGAGCUGCUGGAUGAGCUCAUGGAUUUCGGCUUCCCUCAGACCACAGACAGCAAGAUCCUGCAGGAAUACAUCACACAAGAAGGCAACAAACUGGAAGUCACAAAGGCCAAAGUACCCACAACAGUCACCAAUGCUGUGUCCUGGAGGUCUGAAGGCAUUAAGUACAAGAAGAAUGAGGUGUUUAUAGACGUCAUCGAGUCUAUAAAUGUUCUGGUGAAUGCCAAUGGGAGUGUAAUGAGCAGUGAUAUUGUGGGCAGCAUUAAACUGAAAACCAUGCUCUCCGGAAUGCCUGAACUCAGACUGGGCCUCAACGACCGCGUGCUCUUCGCCCUUACUGGCCGAGACAAGGGGAAGACUGUAGCAAUGGAAGAUGUGAAGUUUCACCAGUGCGUACGUCUCUCACGCUUUGAGAGCGACCGAACCAUUUCAUUCAUCCCUCCAGAUGGAGAGUCAGAGCUGAUGUCUUACCGCAUCAAUACUCACGUAAAACCUCUGAUCUGGAUCGAGUCUGUUAUUGAAAAGUUCUCUCACAGUCGAGUGGAAAUCAUGGUAAAGGCUAAAGGUCAGUUUAAAAAGCAGUCGGUGGCUAACAAUGUGGAGGUGCGUGUUCCUGUUCCGAGUGAUGCAGACUCCCCAAAGUUUAAAACUAGUACUGGCCAUGCAAAGUAUGUCCCUGAGAAGAACCUGGUGGUGUGGACCAUUAAAUCCUUCCCGGGAGGGAAAGAGUUCCUGAUGCGAGCCCAUUUUGGUCUCCCUAGUGUGGAGAACGAUGAAAUGGAGGGAAAACCACCAAUUACUGUCAAAUUUGAGAUCCCAUAUUUCACUGUGUCAGGAAUACAGGUCCGAUAUAUGAAGAUCAUUGAGAAGAGUGGCUACCAGGCAUUACCUUGGGUUAGGUACAUCACACAGAGUGGAGAUUACCAACUCAGGACAAACUAAGGGACGCACUUCCCGAAAUUGUUCGAGCUCCCAGGCAAAACAAUAGUCUGAGGAAGUCAUCAUCUGCGUGGAAAACUGUCUUGAUAUUUCAUUUUUUAUUCAAGCAUAAGGAAAAUAAUCUUAUAAUAAUCUUAAGAUUUCAUUGAGGCUGAAGUGCUUAGCUUUAAAGAUGUCACUGUUGCACUAGUUUAUGGUUUGAUAUGUUCAAUCAAAACACUGUUUUCUUAUUAUUAUAAUAAUAAUAAUGAUUGAUAAUGUGAUGAAUUUAUGUUUUUGGUCACAUGUUUGUUUCAUGAAUUAAAUUAUUAAAGUU